AUGUCAAAGAUAUCAUCGAACCUGUCGAGACGAAACAAGAGUCUCAAGCAGUUGCUGCAGAGCGAGAGAGAGGCGGCGAUGCGGGCCGCAGGUGCCAAGUUCAAGGAAAGAAAACGCAGGGACGCCCAACCGGCCAAGUCGAGAUUGGUGGGUGCAGCGCUGCAAGCGGUGGAGCGCAGAGAGGAGAGAGAACGUCUAGCAAAGCAGGCUGCGAAAGAGCAAGGUGGGGCGGAAGAAACCGACGAGACGAAACACGUCGAGAUCAAGGGUAGCCAAGAUGCACAGCAGAGAACGACAGUAGAUGAGAGUGUAGAGCAAACCGGCACAGGCACCGGCACUGGCACAGGCACAGGCACCGAAAUCGAAACCACAGAUGGCACGCCUAAGCGAGACAUUCCGACGUAUUCUUCGGUGGAAGCACCACCGAGUCUACGACCCGCAAAAAAGUACUGUGACGUGACAGGUCUCAUCGCGCCGUAUACGGAUCCCAAAUCCGGGCUACGAUAUCACUCGGUGGAAGUGUACGAGAUUAUCAAGCAGUUUGGACCCGGUGUCGACAAUGCUUACCUCUCGCUACGUGGCGAUGGCUCUCAAAUCUAA